CCGCUGUUUAGCCAUCUUUGUUUCAGCUACAGCAGCGUCUGGCUCGUAGCCUGCUAACUCGCACACCGCGUAGCUUUCCGCCGAAUAUCACCUCUGCUCGGCGUAAACCGGGCUUUUGGCUGAUAUACGCCAGUGAGGUAGGUGGUCGACGGGGCUUUAAAUUUAUAAUAUCCGCAAAUAUGGUGUCUUGUUGGGCGGAUGCUAACGAUGCUAACAUUAGCUCACGGCAGCCAUCUUAGGCGAGCUAACUGGCGAGGCACAAGAUGGCCAGUUAAUACUCGAACAAGUUCCGCGUCGCCAGCGAUAGUAGAUUCUACACUGAAAUUGCGUCCGUUCAAGCCACCCGGUUGUUGCCUGAACACUGAAGAGCAUCCGUGCUGCGCCACAAACCUGCGAUACAGUUCCCCGAUUCUCCUUAUUGAGUUAACAUCCGGCCAGAAAACGGAGGUCGUGGGGUUGGAGUGUGUGCUCAUGGCUGAGUCAGAGACUGAAUGUGACACGCCGGGCCUUGACACACUUGGGUCGGAGUGUGUCAUUGCCCACAGCCAUGUCGACCUACACUAUGGAGCAGAAACUGAGAUCAUGACGGAGGAAAAGCGUGGGUUAGAACUGGAGAUCCAUGGCUCCGACUUGAAGAUUCAGGGACUAGGGACAGAACUUGGAGCUGUCACCUGCGUGGACGCCAUAGUAGCAGAGUCAGACCAUGAUUACAUAAAAGUAGAACAUGGUGAGAUGCACUUUGUCACCGGAGCUGACCUGAAGACCACAGGAACGGAGACAUUGCUGGGGGAAGUUCUUCUUAAGACUGAUGGAGAACACGUGGUGAAAGUGGAAUCUGACCAUGGUGGAGAGUUGACUGUGGAGUCGGAGAAUGGUGUGAUCAUUCACGAAGCUCAUGGCCUUCAGUGCAACGAGUGUGGCGAAAUCUUUGGCAGCAUUGCUGACCUUCACCAACAUUUUGAGAUCCAUAAAGACCUCAACCCUUAUAUCUGUGUCCACUGUGGAGAGAGCUUUGCUGUUGAGGCCAGUCUGAAACAGCACAUGAAGAUUCACAUGAAGGAAAGUCCCUAUGUCACCGGAGUCGAGAUUAUGGGCAAAGACGUCAUGGAUUCAUUCACCCUCAAGUCUCAUCAAAUGAUCCAUUUGUCCGAAAAGUCACACAGAUGCUCCGAGUGUGGCAAGAGCUUUGCUGCAGCAAUGACCCUCAGGGAACACAUGAAGCUGCAUUCAGAAGAGAAACCCUACAAGUGCACCCAGUGUAGGAAGAGCUUUGUUCGGAGAAGACACCUCAAAAAGCAUCAAGAGGUACAUGCCCGUGAAAAGCCAUAUACAUGUGGGCAGUGUGGUAAAGGCUUUGCGACCACCUCCAAUCUGAAGCAGCAUCAGAAGACACAUGCUGCAGUCGUGCUCGGCGACAAACCUCACCGCUGUGGACAGUGUGGCAAGUGUUUUGCAGCUGUUGCCACUCUGAGGGAGCACCAGAGGGUCCAUUCGGGGGAAAAACCCUACAAGUGCAACAUGUGUAGGAAAAGUUUUGUCCGCAAGCGCCAUCUAAAGAAGCACCAGCUGGUUCAUGCGGGAGGGAAGCCCUACACCUGCCGACACUGCAACAAGGGCUUCAAUCACUCCUCCUCGCUCUCCCGCCACCACAAGACUCACCUGCAGAACCCGGUAUUUUCACCGCCGCAGCCCGGGAAACCCAUGACCUUUGGUACUCCCCCGAAGCAGAGAGUGCUCCAGCAAGGAGAGAAGCCCUACGUCUGCCAUCACUGUGAUAAGGGCUUCAAUCAUUCUUCAUCGCUGUCACGCCACCAAAGAGUGCACUCGGAGGGUAAGAGCUACACCUGUGGCCACUGUGACAAAACCUUUAAUCACUCCUCCUCCCUGGCGAGGCAUCAGAGAGUCCACUUGGAGAUAAAACAAGAGCAGCAGCAGCCACAGUCCCCUCAGCCGCAGCCGCAGCAGUACAGCACCAUUACAUCGGCAGAGGUUUUCCCCAACAACUCCUUCCCAAAGCAGCGCUUGCUGUCCGUGGAAAAACCAUACAGGUGCAACCAGUGCGGAAAAGGCUUCAGCCAUUCGUCGUCCCUCUCCAGACACCACCGGAUCCACGUUGACCAGUGAGCCUCCCUCCUGCACGUGCUGUCCCACCGAAGAGCACACGCACCCCUGACCACACCCAUAACACCGACAGUCAAGUACUCACACCCCCCAAGUAAAACUCUGAAAGGACAUCUCUGAAGACCCAGUUGUCCUCAUCUGCCCCACUGCUCCAGCUGCUACUAAGUUGGACUUGCAUCAAUAGACUCGACUCAAGACUGAUGAUAGAGGGACUGCUCUGGUUUAAGGUGUGAUGCUAAUCAUAAGUGACUUUUGCUUCAUUAAUGCAGGACCUUAACACUUUUAAAGACGGUGAUUUAAAAGAUCUACUUGGAAUUGUUAUCCCGUGAUGUAAUGCUCAACACUUGUCCGUCUUUUUGAUAGAUUUCAGUUUCGAACCUUCAGGUAAGCACGUGUGCUUUUCAGCCGCGUGUUUAUUCACUCAAUUGGUUAAAAAAAAACCUGUAAAAUAUGAGAUCACUUUUUCACCUACUCAGCCAGUGUGAGGUAAACAAAUUCAUUGUAAAUACUGAUUUCUUUUAUAUAUGUAUAGAUGAUUAGUGUGCUGUCCAAAGUAUACAUUUUUGAUAGUAAGAUCAAUGUUCCCCCUUUUCUGUUGCUAAUUUGCCAUGUGUUGGAGAGAAGCGGGUUUCAGCUCGUUCUCGGCUUUGGGCUCCAUUGGACUUGAGCCAUCUUGUAUAUUUAUAAGUGUUUUUUGUUUUUUGCUUCCCCCCUUUUUUUCCUUGUAUGUUAAUGAUGGGAUAGCACACAGCUGCAUCGACUGUACAGAGAGCAAUAUUGGCUGUCACCUUUUUGUUCUCAUGACAUGCAAUCCAGCCAUGAGGAAAUUGAAAAAUAGAAAAUAAAAUCUUGGGUAGCAUCUUACAUGACUGGUGUCCUUAUGAUUGAUUGUGCUUUUACUCUUGUAUUGCAGCAUAUCGCUUUGGAGACAUUAUUUCAAUACAGCUGUAUAGACUAUAGAUAACCAACUCUUGAGCUACAACUUUGGAUUUAUCUAAAAUGGUUGUGUAUACAAAAUAUCACUUUCCCCCCCCAAUAGAUGACACUAUUACUGUUCUAUGUAAAUUAUCUUUUACAAACCAGUGUAUUUUUUUAAAAAUGGCUUGGGUUGUAUGAAAGGGAUCAAACAGCGGGGAGUGAACAUUCUGGUGAGCAAUAUUUUUUUAUUUUGGUUUUUUUUGAACAGUUGUGCUUCAAACCGUAGCAUAGGUUUCUUCCUUGUGUUAGAUAGGUGCCUUAUUGCAUGCUGUGUAGAAAUGUAUGCUGACCCGUUUGAGGAUGGUUUAAAGAAAAGGUUGGGUUUUCAGGAGAUUUGGUUCUUAUUCAUACUAACUUUUAAUUUGUCACAGAUACAUAUUGAGUUUUGUUUUUUUUUUCUUUUAUGUAUAAUGUGUUUACACUGUUACAGUCAUGUCUUUGUUUUUCUGUCCAUCCUUGUUCAUGGCCUCCAUUAUUGAGAAAAAAUGUAAACCAACCAUAAACAGCUUCUCAAACCAUGUAACACCUUUCCUAGUACAUGAGUGGCACGCACAUGGAUAAAUAAAGGUUGUUGACUCUUG